AUGAGCAGUGUUCAGCAUUACAACGACUGGCCAAACACACAAGGCUUCGACGUCCGGUAUCAAGAACUCAAGCCCAAGGAACUCACUGUCAAAGGCAACAUACCUACUUACUGCGCCGGCGUGCUCUUCCGGAAUGGUCUAGGCCCGCGCUCCGUUGAGACGGACAAGAACGGGAAAAAGACAACCGUGUACAAAACCAGCCACUGGUUUGACAGCUUCGCACAGGUCCACCGGUUCCAGAUCCACGCGCCGACGCCCGACAACCCAAAAGUCCGGGUGACGCACAACUCACGACUGACCAGCGACGGCGUCGUCGAGCGCGUCAAGCGGACAGGUUCCCUCAACGACGUCACCUUCGGCGCAAAGAGGGAUCCAUGCAAGUCGCUCUUCCAAAAGGCACAGGCUUUAUUCGCCCCAGUUCGCGGUGAAGGAAAGUAUGCCGGAGAUGUGAACGUGUCAGUAGCCCUUUCGGCAAACUUUCCGGGCCUAUCGAGGUCAGCCGAGAGGGUCAAUGGCAGGGUCGAGGGGCCAACGUUGAUCAACAAGACCGACUCGACUAUGAUGCAGGCUCUGGACCCAGAGACGCUGGAGCCUAUCGGGGUAGCGAGUCAAAAGAGGCUGCAUCCGGACUUGGCAGGACCGCUCAGCGCUGCCCACGCCAGCACAUGUCCCAAGACAGGCGAUGUGUUCAACUACAACCUUGAUCUAGGUCGUUACCAAACCUACCGCGUGUUUGUCGUGUCGGCAUCGACGGGAGAAACAUCCAUCCUUGCCACUAUCAAAUAUCCAGCCGCAUACCUACACUCACUAUUCCUAUCCGAGAACUAUGUCAUCCUCUGCGUCUGGAACUGCUUCUACUCCAUGGGCGGGGCGAGCACGCUGUGGACCCGCAACCUGGCUGAAGCGUUUGCGCCGUACGACAAGACUAAGCCGGCGACAUGGUUUGUGAUCGACCGGAAACCUGGUGGAAGGGGCCUGGUGAAGACUUUCGAGUCAGAUGCCUUUUACGCCUUUCAUACCAUUAACGCGUACGAGGUCGAGGCCAAGGGCGAAGACGACUCGCAAGUGGACAUUGUCGCCGACGUCUGCACGUUCGAUAACAUCGACAGCAUCACGAGGCUAUACAUCGAUAACCUCUUGUCGGACUCGCCAGCCGCCAAAAAGCGCUGUGAGGAGGACCGUUUCUGGAGCGCCAGGUACUCACGCUACCGUCUGGCGGGGGUUCCGAGUUCGGGCAAGGAUGAUGAAACCACGAAGCCAAAGAGGGUGCAGCUUGAGUACCAAGGCGCGGCCGAACUUGGAGGGCCAGAGUUACCCAGCAUCAACGAGGCGUACCGUGCACGGAAGCACCGGUUCGUCUACGGCGUGACGGCGACGGGGAAAAGCACUUUUCUCGACGGGCUCGUCAAGCUGGACGUAGAUACGGGCGAGGCUGUUUGCUGGAGCCGGCCUGGACAGACUGCGAGCGAGCCGAUAUUUGUCGCGGAUCCGGACCCCACAGUGUACGGGAUUGUAGAGGACGCGGGAGUCCUGCUAACCGUAGUGUUGGAUGGGAUCCAAGGGGAGAGUUAUCUCCUGGUGCUAGACGCCAAGGACAUGACAGAAAUCGCCAGAGCGGACGUCGGUAGCGUGGUUGGCUUUGGGUUCCAUGGACUCCAUCUCUCCGCUAGCUUGUGA